UGCCAUCAGCUGAGUGCAAACAUUUUAGAAAGUUCACAACACAAGAGUUUCAUUUUAAAAGAAUCCAUCAGUGUGAUUUUCUGUUAGUUACACAACGUAAAAUAACAUCUAUUUCCUUUGUAGAAACAUCUUAAGUGUUACCCCUAAAUGUGUGACAUUGUCUCUUUACCUAAAUGUGUGACAUUGUCUGCAGGCUUGUCAGGGCCUUGGUGGGGGUGAGGAACCGUCAGGGGCUGUCGGACCGCAGGAAAGACGGUCUGGUGGCGCUGUGGCUGGUGCUGCCAGACUUUGACAAGCAACGCUUGAUCUACCCUGCCCGAAACCAGGAGAGGAACGUUCAGGGGCGGUUCAAGGCAACGAAGGAGAAGUUGUCCAUUAUCCUAGGAAAAGACUCUCCAAUGUUGCCUUCUCGGACUCAACUCGGGCCCUGCAAAUUGGCCGGGCACCAGCCGUUUGGUGGAGGCCAUUUGCAGUCAGCUCUGCCAAAUCCAUCCCAGCGCCACGCAGUCUGCCGGCGUCAAGAAGAGCAGGUGGGCGCUCAUUCUGGCAGACAACGUGGCCAUCAGGGAGGCAGUGCUGAACAGCCCAAGGUUGAUGGCCCAGACCAACCUUCGGCUCUUUGAGCUGAAUCAAAGGACCAUCAGUCAGUGGUACUCCCGGCGUCAGAAGGAGAGGAUGGUGCUGCAGCAGGGAAUAGGGCUCGCUGCUGCUGAGCCAAACCCCUCAACUUCAAGCAGGAGGCACCCUUCCCUUUCUCUACGCCGCCCCCCCCC